CCUGUACUAUGUCCGCAGUCUCUGGUCAUCUCCUGUACUGUGUCCGCAGUCUCAGGUCAUCUCCUGUACUAUGUCCGCAGUCUCUGGUCAUCUCCUGUACUGUGUCCGCAGUCUCAGGUCAUCUCCUGUACUAUGUCCGCAGUCUCUUGUCAUCUCCUGUACUAUGUCUGCAGUCUCUGGUCAUCUCCUAUACUAUGUCCGCAGUCUCUGGUCAUCUCCUGUACUAUGUCUGUAGUCUCUGGUCAUUCCCUGUACUGUCUGUAGUCUCUGGUCACCUCCUGUACUAUGUCUGCAGUCUCUGGUCAUCUCCUGAACUAUGUCUGCAGUCUCUGGUCAUCCCCUUUACUAUGUCUGCAGUCUCUGGUCAUCCCCUUUACUAUGUCUGCAGCCUCUGGUCAUCUCCUGUACUAUGUCUGCAGUCUCUGGUCAUCUCCUGUACUGUGUCCGCAGUCUCUGGUCAUCUC